AUACGAGGAGCCAGCCUGAUAUUAGCUCACCAAAAGCACAGCUGCCUCCAAUACAAGCAAACCUUAGUCCAUCUUGAGAAUUCAGCCAAUAAGACUCGCGAUCGUUGCCUGUUAUUUUCGCAUUGUGUCAGUUUUCUCAAGGAUAACAUAUGCAGACAGAAUAAGCCUCUUCUCACAACUGAAGAAGUUCCAAAUCCUCUCAAAGYGUUUACUUGAUAUUUCUUUCUUACGAGUAACAUGACGACUCAGAAUCGCGUCUCGUUGUUGACUGAUCAUGAAGAAACCUCCGAAUGUCACUCUGAACUGGACCCAGUUAUUCGAGGAAAUCGUUCGUCCAUGUCAAGGUUUACAUUGAAGAAACGAAGUUUUCUACGGUCUGGAGUUGACGCAGAUGGCGAGAAAGAAACGCUGCACAGUUUGGCCAGACGAGGCAACACUCAGGAUAUACGAUCCCUCUUACAGCAGAAUGAAGAAGCACCACUACACGUGGCUGUCAGAACAGGGAACAUCGAUGUAGUAGAGGUUCUUCUGAACCACAAGCAAACCGAUGUAAACGUAGAAGGAAGAAACAAGUAUACUCCACUACACACGGCUGCCUACCUGGAACACAGGAAUGCGCUGGAUAUAUGCCAACGACUGCUUGAUUGUGGUGCUGAUGUAACAAGACGUGCGAUAGAUGCGAUGACACCUCUGAGCGUUGCYGCCAUGAAAGGGGCAUACGAAACCAUGGCACUCUUCUUCAAAAAAUGUCAAGAACAACAACCMGACCCUAAGAAGCAAAUGGAUGUGCUUUAUAGUGUUGACCAUGAAGGCAGUACCUUACUACAUCUAGCCAUCGAUAGCGGUGUCCUAAAGGCUGUACAACUGUGUCUGGACCAGGGGAGUUCUCUGACUGCCAUUAGGCGAGUAGACGGAGGGACUCCAAUCCACUUGGCUUGYCGUCUAGGUGCUCUUGACAUCAUCAAAUGUCUGUACGAACACGACAUGACAGUUUUUACUCAUACCUUACUGGAUAAAGAAGGAAUGACUGCUCUCCAUAGAGCAGCGAUGUUUAACCAUCACUCCGUGGUUUCAUUCUUGGUGGAUCAUGGUAUGGAUCUCAACCCGCGUGACCGUGAAAAAUGCACGCCGUUACUAUUAGCAGCAGCACAUGGUUGUUCGCCUGUCGUGUCGUUACUCCUGGARAAAGGAGCGGACGUGACGUGUAAAGAUGACAAGAACAGGACUGCGUUACAUUGGGCUGUUGGUCAGGACAAAACAAUUGAGAGAUUAUUAAAGGACGAACGUGUCCACGAUAACAAACUAGUCAACCAGCAAGACAGUACAGGAGCCACAACUCUACACUAYGCAGCUCAAGGGGGAUUUCUUAAGAGUGUACUGUUACUCUUGAAGAAUGGAGCAGAUCCGAGUUUGAAAAACCACAAACUGGAAACGCCACUUCAUUUAGCCGCAAGUCAUGGGUGGCUGCCAAUUGUAAAGAAACUGAUGGAAGGAAGACAAACACGACUAAUGAAUGUUGGUAACCUUAGCGACCAUACACCUCUACAUCUGGCUGCUUUUAAUGGGCAAGACAAAGUCGUGAAAUUCUUACUUGACCGCGGAGCAACUAUCGAAAGAGAUACUGAAGGAAGAACAGCACUUCACUUUGCUGCAGCAAAAGGUUCACUAAAAAGUGUACAACUGAUUUGCACAGCGAAUCCAAGCUGCAUCAACGACGAAGACAACGCUGAUCAGGAUACUGCGCUACACUUAGCAGCAAAGAACGGACACGAUGCACUGGUACAUUUCCUACUUUCUCAUGAGAACCAGAARGUAACUUAUAAUGGCUACAACCAAAACGCGCUGGACGUCGCCAUAGAAGCGGGCAAGGAGAGUGUUGUAAUGAUCAUUGCAAAUCACACAAGAUGGCGCGAAAUGCUGAACCGAGUGGAAGCAGGACCGACUCAAUUACAGAAUCUAGUGAUUAAAAUGCCUUCUGCUGCAGAGAAAUUCCUUGACCGUUGUGAAGAGCAAUGUGGUUCACCGAAGGAUGAAGAUUAUUCGAUAACGUAUGACUUUAUGUUCUUACAAGGAAUGCCCGAUAUUAGGAAAGACGAUCCCAAGAAAUUUCUUGACUGCCUACAUACAAUGGUGAAAUACAAAAGAGUUAACUGCCUCUCGCACAAUGUUUGUGGAGCCAUUAUGAAUAUUAAAUGGCGUAGUGUUGGAUGGAAGGCCUACGUAAUGAAUCUCUCCUUCUACAUGUUGUUCCUGCUACUGCUGACCUCAAUGACUGUCGUGCUUGAUUCCAAGGUCGGGGAAGAUCUAUUUAUAGAUAUACCUAAGUAUACCAUAAUGGUCAUGAGUCUUUUCCAUCUUCUAAAAGAGCUUUUUCAGAUAUGGGACGAA